AUGGAAGUAGAUGAAGAAGAAGUUAGGGCUGAGAUGAAGACGAUUCUAAAAACUUUUCCGAUUAAACUAGAAUUAAAAUACGAUGAAAAGUUUACCAUCAAGUCUUGGCUCUCCGCUUUACAUAAAUAUCGCAGAGUGCGCUUGUUAUAUAAACAACGUGGCACUUUAGAUAAAGAUAAUUGCCGUCUACAUCGAAACAAUCGGAUAAAUGAGACACGUCAAGUUAAAGAGUAUGCUGAAUCGGAUGAAGAGCAACCAGACGGUAAAAAACAUAUCAAUGUUUAUAAUCUGUCUUGGAGAUCUGAAGAGUUAAUAGAUUUAUUACGAAAUGUCUUGGACCAACACGCUUUCUCUCUUCAAUCUGCACAAUUGAUACGAACGCGAAAUUAUGACGAUGAGAUAUAUAAUAUCAUCUCUCGUCAUUUACGAGAUGCGGAAAUGUCGGCAGAGAUGGAUGAAAUAGUGGUAAUAGAAGAUUCAGAACCAAUGGGAAUGGAAGAAUCAGAACCAACGGGAGUGGAAGAAUCGGAACCAAUGGGAGUGAAAGAAUCGCCAGAAACAGAAGAUGAAACAGACAAAUGGUAUAAAUUUGUACUUUAA